CUCAAUCCCAAAACAAAGCUGAAUUUCGUGAUCCGACAAGAAUGAUCCUCAGGCGCAGCACAAGAGGUGUGCUCUGUUCUUGUCUUCCCCUCAACAAAUUUAUAGCUUUGUUUCGUUCGGAAGAAACCCAUCGACCGAAAGUGAGUUUCAAUCAGAUCUUGACUCAAUUUGUCAAGCUACAAUUCUAUUCGAGUCAUCUUUUUGCAUAAACAAAUGAGCUUUACAGCGCUGGAAGGACGUUGCUGCUGCAAACAAAACUUACAAAGAUCUAUAACAGAAUUUGUAAGAACACAUUCUUCUGUAAGACCUUGCUAGCUUGUUUGAGGAGGAAGCUGUUGCUGAGGGAGAUAGAGCUGCUUCAGCUGUUCGGGGCUGUUGCUCAGAACAGUGGUGGGGAGAACAAAGUGACUUCCCCACUCAUCCGUGCAGCUCAGGUGGUUUUCAUGAAGGAAACGUUGCGAAACAAAGCGUUGUAUCGGCAUUUAACCAAAUCCAACAGCUGAGAGAUCAAAAGCUGAGGCCUCAUCUUGAUCAGCUCCUACAUGAUUGUUUCGCAUUGCUACUCAACUCAAGCCAGGAUCAUGUCUGAAUUCUAAGCGAAAUAUACACGAAAUAUACUCCACCUCAUAGAAUGGUUUCCGAUGCCAAUCACCGCAAUGCUGCUAAGAAACUUAAAGCACAACUUGAAGAAUGGCUUGCGUGCUUCACUAAUUAUGUUUCUUCGCACAAGGCUUACAUUAAGGCUCUUCAUGUUUGUGCAAGGCGUCCACUCCUGGCGUUUUGUGAAGAAAACAACAACAACGCCCUAUCACUGCUGGAACUGGAAAAGUGGUCAAGUUGUUUGGAUAAGCUGUCUGCUGAUGUGACUGUGACUAAAGCCAUCGGUGACUUGGCCACAAAAGUUGGAGAACUAUUGGAGUUACAAAAUAAGGAAUAUAAACACAAGAGGCAGGUUGAACUCCAAGGGGAGCAUUAUAAAACUGAGAAGUCCAGUAAGACCAAGGACAAGUCUUAUAAGUUGAUGCAAAGGAUAAAAGAAAGAGGAAGUGGAAUAUGAAGCUAGCAGGAAGGAGACCGAAAAGAAUGCAGUGAUUCUAGUUCGGACAGGGUUUACUUCACUUUUGGAUCCUUGGAUGAAUUCUUGAAGUCUUUUGCUGAAAAGUAUGAUGACAUUAGAAAGUAAAACCAAGCAUCUGAGAGGUUAUUUAGAUAGUUAUUAAUAAGGAUUUAUGUAUCUGAGUUCUUUUUCUUUUCUUUCUUUUUGAAUAAAUGUAUCUGAGUUGAGUUUUAGAUC